AUGGCUCACGCCGGCGCGUCCGACCACUGGGAGCGCCUGUGGGCGUCCGGCUUGGCCAAAGGCGACAAGUUCGACGUCGGCGGGCCCAGCGCGACGCUCCUCGGCGCUCUCCGCCGGCUAGAUCCCGUCUCCGAGGGUGCGACGGCGCUGCGCGAGAUCGAAGCGUCGGGCCACCCACGUGCGGCGUCAGUUGAGGUCUGUUGCGGCGACUUUUUCCGGCACACGGGAGCCUAUGACCUGGUCUGGGACUGCACCUUUCUCUGUGCGCUCGACCCGUCGGCGGCGGCAGAGAGCGGCGACUUCAGCGCCGCCAUCGAGCACUUCCGGACCGCGAUCGCCGCCACGCCGACCGCCGCCCGCCCGCGCGACCUGCUGGCGCAGUGCUUGCUCGAGGUCGGCGACGACGCCGGCGCGUGCGAUGCCGCAGCGUGCGCCGUCGCCCUCGCCCCUGCCUGGGCGGCCGCCCGGCUGACGCUCGGCCGCGCCUCGCUCAACGCGGGCCGGUACGCGGACGCGGUCUCACACUUUCGCGUUGCGCUCGAGCCGCGGGAGCAGGGCGUGGCCGCGGCGCUGCGGCUGGCGGCGUCAGACGACGACACUCUCGGCGGGCGUUGCAGGAGCAUGUCUACAGGCACGAGCGUGUGA